AGAAUGCGGCGCUCAGGAGCUCCCAGCCAGCUUUUGGGUAAUGCAAUGAAAAAGCCAAGAUUUGUGCCACCUGGAGCAUCAACUUCAUGUCUUGCGGCAGAAUUCAAGCCUCUGACCCCUAAACUGGGUUUAGGCAAUGCACUGGAUAAGGUCCACAGAAGUCUUGCAGCUCCAGCUGUGAGUACGACACCAUGUACCGUCCAGCCCAAAGCUGCCCAAACUGCUCCAGCCUUGUCCAGGGCUCUGGCUCGUGUUCUCAGUGCAACAGAGAGCAAAGAAAACGAGACAGAACACGAAAACCCUGACUCGGGAGACUGUGCAGAAGACAAGAAAGAAGCAGAGGUGACUCCCAGGUCUCCUGAAACCCCUCGGCCUCCUGCAGGCUCAGACGGCGGCUGCAGUCAGGAUGGAGUGCGGUACCUCAGCGUGGUCUGGUGUAAGGCCAGCAAGAAGAAACACAAGCGCUGGGAGGGCGACGCGGUGCUGAUUACUAGAGGACGCAGCGUCACACUUAAGGACAUGGAGGGGAAGGAUAUUGGAAAGGGUAGCGGCUACAAGGUGUCACAGCUGGCGUCGCUGUCUGAAGGAGAGACCCUGAUGAUCGGCGGGAAGGAGGUGGAGGUGAUGGGAGUCAUUUCUGCAGAGGACUUCGCCAAAGGCCGCUGUUUCCAGGAGGUUCAAACGGAGCAGGUGGAGUCGCACGCAAAGUCUGCUCCACCUCCACCCCGUCGCUUUGCAUCCAAACCUUUCUGUCCUCCUACGAUGGUGGGCCGAGCGGAGCAGCCAGAGAGGAAGCCAGAGGAGGAACAGACCUGCAGGCCUCGCCAUGACCCCCUAGCUCCAGGUGCCCUGGUGAUGCCUCGCCCCUCGUCCAACCACCAGUGGUCUAACAACAAGUUGGGGCUUCCUGUGGUGGAUGUUGUGGUGGAUCCACACCUGACCGCUCACCUGCGACCUCACCAGAGGGACGGCCUGCUCUUCCUCUACGAGUGUGUCAUGGGCAUGAGAGCUGUGGGUCGGCACGGUGCCAUCCUGGCUGAUGAAAUGGGUCUGGGAAAGACGCUGCAGAGCGUUGCGUUGUCCUGGACGCUGCUGAAGCAGGGCCCUUAUGGCGGGAGGCCGGUGGCCAAGCGAGUCCUCGUGGUGACGCCCGGCAGCCUGGUGCAGAACUGGAAGGCAGAGUUUAACAAGUGGCUGGGCCGGGAGAGGAUCAGCGUCUUCACCGUGGACCAGGACCACAGGAUCGAGCAGUUCGUGUUGUCUCCUCUGCACAGCGUCCUCGUCAUCAGCUAUGAAAUGCUGCUGCGCUGCCUCGAGCAGGUACAGAAGGUAGAGUUUGGUCUUGUCAUUUGCGACGAGGGUCACAGGUUAAAGAACAGUAGCAUCAAAACGUCUUCAGCGCUCAGCAGCCUCAGCUGUAACCAUAGAGUCAUAUUAACAGGCACGCCGGUACAGAACGACCUGCAGGAGUUCUACGCAAUUAUAGAGUUUGUUAAUCCGGGGAUUCUUGGGUCGUCCACUGGUUAUAGGAAAGUGUACGAGGAACCGAUCCUUCGCUCCAGACAGCCGUCCUGCACAGAGGACGAGAGAGUUUUGGGCGAAGAGCGAGCGUCUGAACUCUCCCGUCUGACCGGCAUGUUCAUCCUGAGGCGGACGCAGGAGAUCAUCAACCGAUACCUGCCUCCUCGCCUCGACUGGACGCUGUUCUGCGAGCCGUCGCCUCUGCAGCGAGAGCUUUACCUGCAGCUGCUCAGCCACCGGGUGUUCAGAGCCUGCCUUCAGGCCUCCACCCAGACCCACACUCACCUGGCCUGCAUCACCGCGCUGAAGAAGCUCUGCAACCACCCCGGCCUGCUGCACUGCACUGUCAAGGAGAGAACUGAUCGCGGUUCUCUGGAGAGUUCUUUAUACGAGGGCCUGGGAGAGCUCUUCCCAGAAUCUUAUUCUUCAGGAGGAUUCGAUGCUGCUGAUUCUGGAAAGCUGCUGGUUCUGUCAGACCUGCUGACUGCUAUCAGACAACUGAGCCCUUCAGACAGGGUCGUGGUGGUGUCGAACUACACUCAGACGCUCGACUUGCUGCAGGACGUGUGCGUACGCUCGGGCUACACCUUCUGCCGACUGGACGGACACACGCCUACGAACCAGAGGCAACGGCUGGUCGACGGUUUCAACAGUCCCUAUUCUCAGAACUUCCUCUUUCUGCUGAGCUCUAAAGCAGGCGGCGUCGGACUCAAUCUGAUCGGCGCUUCCCACCUGGUGCUGUACGACAUCGACUGGAACCCCGCCAACGACAUUCAGGCCAUGGCCCGAGUGUGGAGAGAUGGUCAGAAGAAGACCGUGCACAUCUACCGGCUUCUCACUGCAGGCACCAUUGAGGAGCGUAUAUUUCAGAGACAGGUGUCCAAACAGGGGCUCUCUGGGACUGUGGUUGACCUGGGCAAAGGGUCGGAGCACACGAGUUUCUCCACCAGCGAGCUGCGAGAUCUCUUCAGCCUGACGGACACGCCGUCGCUGACCCACGACCUGCUGAACUGUGGCUGCAGCAUGGACGGCUCCAUCAACGUCGUCGUGGCGGACGAGGAGGAGGCUCCUGAUAGGCCGUGCCAGCUCGGUCGUCAGGGCGACCGGGGCCGUGCGACGCAGAAGCACCUCAGCAUGUCGGAGCUUACGCAGUGGCGGCAUUUCUCAGGCGACACGCACACCUUCUCAGACGCGUACCUCGAUCACGCCCGAAGCCACAUCACCUUCGCCUUCCAGACCACCGUCUCCCACGCAGCUCAGUAAACAGUAAACACCCGGCUGCUCCACUCGCGCUCAUGUAUCUUCUCCCACAUGUUUGUCUCCGGGGCUCUCUGGGCUUUGUCAGCCCAGAUACGACGUGUGACUAAACCCUCGACAACUGCCAACAACAACAACAACAACAGCAGCACAGUUUCCAGCGGUUUUAAAUUGCAGUGUUUAUGAGAUUCUUCAUGUUGUCUGUCUGUGUUCUCUUUAUUUAUUCAAAGCAAUUUGCUGCAAAAGUUCAUGAAAUAAAUGAAACCCAA